AAAAUUCCAGUCUGGCCUGAAUGUGUCUCCAAGUGAGCACAAAAUGUGAGGUUACUCAGUUUCGGCACGGAGUCUACAUUUUACCGUCGUUAGCUGCAUGCCAUGGCGGAAUACCCGUUCCGACUGGACCACAACAUCCCCAGCGAAACAGACUGUCACCGUUUGGGCUGUUCGUGUUGUUGUUGUUGCAGCUAGCAUUAGCCCUGGCUAAAUUAGCUAACGCUGCUGUUAUUUUAUACUUCAGCAUAAUUGAUGCGCCGCUGCAAGGCAGAAAAAGCCGCAAAGCAAGGUAACUCUGUUGCAAGUUGCAACAAUGAGCAAUAACCGGGGGUAAUAUCUAGGUGAUAUGCUUUUUAAUUGUCUGGGUUGCUUGUAGUUUUUAUUUUUUAAACAGCAAAAAAAGUAAUUAACUGUUGUGAGUUGUGUAGUUGGAAACCGCUCAGGCAGAAAAAAUGUUCCCAGGACCCACGGUUAAGGUUAGCUAACAGACUCGGAGUUGUCUGCAGACCAGUUGUCCGGAGAUGUAGCAGCAGGCAGCCAGCGAGCUGACCCUGGUUCAGCGCAGCGCCGUCUGUCCGAGCGAAAGAGGGGAAACCAUGUCCUGCAAAGCCGCAACCAAGGACAAGAAGUCGAGCUUCAGCAAGAAGCUGUUCCGACGAGGCUCCGUGCGCUCCGUGGGCAGCUUUAUGAGCAAAGUCCUCCGGACGCUCACCGCCUUAUCGCACUUUGGAUCCGAGGUGCAAAUCGAGGACGACAAGGAUGACGGGGGAUUCUCCGCUUUCAAGCCCGGGAGCAAAGACGUCCCCAUGGAGGACGGGGACCUGGGCGCGCUCCUGGCCGGCGACAGAGUGCCCGGGGUGUCGGGUCUGAAAAACCACGGCAACACCUGCUUCAUGAACGCGAUCCUGCAGUGCCUGAGCAACACCGAGCUCUUCGCCGAGUACCUCGUCCUGGAGCACUACAGAGGCGAGGAGCCGGAGGAGGAGGAGAAGAAGCCCAAAACCAACGGCGUGCAUCUGCAGAAGAAGGGUCCUCUGGGCAAGGGAGAGGUGACGGAGCAGCUGUCGGGGCUUGUGCGGGCUCUGUGGACGUUUGAGUACACACCUCAGCACAGCAAGGACUUCAAGAACGCUGUGUCAAAAAAUGCCACACAGUUUAAAGGGAACGCUCAGCACGACGCCCAAGAGUUUCUGCUCUGGUUGCUGGACAGAGUACACGAGGAUCUCAACACCAUCAACCCACACAGCAGGCCAGCUAUUAAGCCUCCCAUUGAAGAAGAUGACCAGAGCAUAGAGGGGCCCUCUCCUCCCCUCUCUGCUGGCUCGUUUGUGCAGGAGCUGUUUCAGGCACAGUACAGGUCUUCGCUUACUUGCCCACAUUGCCAAAAGCAAAGCAACACCUUUGAUCCCUUCCUCUGUAUCUCCUUACCAAUCCCUCUGCCACACACACGGCCCUUGUACGUGACAGUGGUCUACCAGGGGAAGUACUCUCACUGCAUGAGGAUCGGAGUCGCUGUUCCCCUCAAAAGUACCCUCUAUCGCCUCAGAGAUGCUGUGUCACGUGAAACCAAGAUCCCAGCGGACCAGUUUGUUCUGACGGAAAUGUAUUACGACGGCUUUCAUCGCUCGUUUUGUGAUGACGACGACGAUCUUGACGUCAUCCAAGAGAGCGAUUCCAUCUUUGCCUUUGAGACACCAGAGACCUUCAAAUUGGAAAACCUACGCACAAAAAGAGGAAGCCUUCUGGCAAACCUGAAUCACAACAAUUUGAAGUACGGGACAGAAAUCAGCAGGACUCCAUCGUUCAUGCAGGGGGCAAUGACUCCUGUAACCGGAUCACCGAAUAAAAACGUCGGGCCAGAAAAGAUCAUUCUCCUGGUGUGUAACAGAGCAUGCACUGGCCACCAAGCAAAAAGGUUCGGCCUGCCUUUUGUACUGUACAUGGAGCGCACUGUGACUUGGGAUGCUCUGCAAAAAGAGAUCCUGGAGAAAAUGCGGCAUCUUUUGAGGCCCGGGGUCUACAUUCAGGUUGGGCCUUUCAGUCUCCGGGUGGUUGGCGUUGUUGGUAUUACCUACCUCCUUCCUCAAGAUGAGAGACCACUGUGUCACCCAACAGUUGAAAGAGCAUACAGGUCCUGUGGACAAGGUGGACCCCCGCAUGUGAAGAUUGUGGUUGAGUGGGACAAAGAGACCAAGGACUAUCUGUUCGGCCACACCGAGGAGGAGUAUAUUCCAGAUGCUGAGAGCGUCUAUCUGCACAGACAGCAGCAUCAUCAGCCCCAGGCCUGCACCCUCGCUCAGUGCUUUCAGCUCUACACUAAGGAGGAGCAGCUGGCUCCAGACGACGCCUGGCGCUGUCCCCACUGCAAGCAGCUGCAGCAGGGACGGAUAAAGCUCAGCUUGUGGACGCUGCCGGAUGUGCUCAUACUGCAUCUCAAGAGGUUUAGACAGGAAGGAGACCGGAGGGUGAAGAUGCAGAACAUGGUCAGGUUCCCACUGAUAGGGAUGGACAUGGCUCCACAUGUGGUCAAGAGAAGCCAGAGCAGCUGGAGUUUACCGUCUCAUUGGUCGCCGUGGAGGCGGUCCUACGGCCUUGGAAGAAACCCUGAUGACUAUCUAUAUGACCUGUACGCUGUUUGCAACCAUCAUGGCAAUAUGCACGGAGGCCACUACACUGCUUACUGCAAGAACUCUGUUGAUGGUCAGUGGUACUGCUUUGACGACAGUGAGGUGACGCCAAUCUCUGACGAUGCUGUGUGUCAGCAGACGGCCUAUAUACUGUUUUAUCAGAGAAGAACUGUAAUUCCUUCCUGGUCUGCCAACAGCUCUGUUGCUGGCUCCACCAGCUCAUCACUGUGUGACCACUGGAUCAACAGGUUACCUGGAAGCAGGCCUGCCAGUUUGGCCUCUGGCGCUUCAUCCAGACGCACCUCGCUGGCCUCGCUUGCUGAGUCAGUUGAGUUUCCUGCAGAACGUAAUGAGGAUGAUGGAGGAUUUUCUGUUCGGCCCUUUGUGAGAAGCAUCCAGCGGCAGAGCUUGUCUUCGAGGUCAUCCAUCGCCAGCCCUUUGGCCUUCAGCGACAGCGGAAUAAAGCCCUCUUGGUCUCUGUCUGCCAAGCUGCAAAUGAGGUCCAACUCACCCUCACGCUUCUCCCUGGACUCUCGAUGCUCCCCACCCCUGGAGAGGAUAGGAGAGGCAGGCGACGACAAGGUCUCCACGUCCUGUUUUGGCAGCUACAGUAGGCACGAGCGGUACUUUGGCAGCAGGACUCCUUCGUCUAUGAUGGAGAGCAGCUUUGGUGAGGACAACAACAAAAGGUUCCUGGACAUGAUGUACUGCCGGGCUCCCACUCCGGUGGAAAAGAAGAGCAACAAAAACGACUCCGCUGAAAACAACAACGAGAUCACAGCUAUAGACCAAAACAUGCAAGCGACCCAAGCAACCCCCUCCAAAGAGCAGAAACGGAAAAGUAGCAUCGGAGGGUUUACCUUGAAGUCCGAAAGCACGGGCUCCAUCAAGAGCUCCAGCAAGGCAGAGCAAGAGAAGACCUCCAAAAAACGCCUGUGCUCAAUCAAUAAGAACCCGACCUCAGACGCGUCUUCCAGCACAUCCGCAAAAGGCAAGAAGCUGAGCAGCACUAAGGAGAAGACUGGAAACACUAAGAAAAGCACUUCAACGCCCAUCGGAACUCCCUCUAAAACAAAGAACUUGACUCAGACUCCUGAGGCGACUCCACAACAUAAACCUUACCUCCGCUCCACACCUCAGUCCUCAGCCUCUCCCUCUCCGACGGCGAAGAAGAACUCCAGCGUCGCUGACAAAGCCUCCGCAAGCAGCCGGAAACGACUGAUCGAAAGGAGUUUCAGCAGAGAUUCUAUGCACACCAGCCCGCUAGUUGACAGCCACCGAAGCAGCUGCGUGGCCCGAUCCUCACUGCCCAAGAACGGGGACAGCAGUCGGCUGGAGAAGAGGUCCGUCAGGAGUUCCAGCAGCAGUUCCUCAGUCACUAGCCUGCGCUCACCCAGUGUGUCCACCAGAGACCUGCAGCGUGGCGGCAAAUGCGAGGAAAAGGGGUUGUCUUUCUUCAAAAGUGCCCUCCGACAAAGGGAGAGUCGCCGGUCGGCCGAUUUAGGGAAAAGCGCCAUGCUGACCAAAAAGGCUUCGGAGAGGACGUGCAAGCAGAACGGACAAGUUAAGGAGACAGUCGGCGAUGAUCAAAAGACUGGAGAUGCAGGGUCUCUGAAAGCCUCUAAAGAAACCCUUGGAGGUGAGUCAAACUCAGACAAGCAGGAGUCUUCCAAGCCCCCCAGCUCCCUUAGUCGCGCUCUACUCGGAAAGUCCAAGUCUUCCACUUCUGAUGUAAGUAGCAAGUCUCGUACAGACGGGAAGAAGCCUCUGGAGAAGAUGGCAUCUUCCAGAAAGCUGUCAUCAGGCAUGCAAUCCCCUGCACGAACAACACAGCGGCCUCAGUGAUACAUUGGUGGCAGUGAUGAGAAAUAAGACAAUGCAGCUAUUUACUUUGUGCCUGGGUUUCAGUUGGCACCAGAUGUAUUUGAGACACAUUUUUUUGAUGUUAUGGUUUUGUACACCAGCCCUAAAUUCUUUGUUUUUACUGUAGCAAACCAAAAAGAAAUACCUGAAACGAUGAAAUUUCAAAUCCAGUCCAUCAUCUGCAUAUCUGAAUUCAUAGAACCCC